CAUUUUGUCAUUAUAGUUGUGGUGUGAACUUCCCUAUUCUCAUAGAAUUACAACGACUAAAUUAAAGUUAUCGUCUUUUGUAUGAAGGUCCCUUUAUUACUACGGAAAAUAUAGUAUCUUUCUAUUAUUACUGUUGCAAAAUAAUUUAACAAAAUGCAAAAGAUUGUGAACUCUUUUCCCACUAUUUAUAAUUUUAAAGUAUUAGCUUUAAGUAGCGUAUUAACAGUAAGAUGUAGAAUCUAGGUUUGAAAGAAGGUUAGCUUGGGAUUGAGUUGUAUUUUUCCUCUAAUCAUCUGACUUCCUUCUCAGGUCACCCAUAUGGAGCCAUGGGAAAAAGGCAGCAGGAAGACCGCGGGGCAGACGGGAAUGUGCGGAGGGGUUCGAGGAGUCGGUACGGGUGGGAUUGUGUCCACUGCAUUUUGCUUGCUGUAUAAGCUAUUUACACUGAAACUGACCCGCAAACAAGUGAUGGGUCUCAUCACUCACACAGAUUCGCCCUAUAUCAGGUCACUGGGCUUCAUGUACAUCAGGUAUACUCAACCUCCUUCUGACUUGGUUGACUGGUAUGAUGAGUUCCUUGACGACGAGGAGGUAUGUCACCACGGAUGGCCCUUGUGAUGCGGGUGGAUUGGAUAUAGGGUGUGCUCCACACUCUUGGCUGGCGUUCGUGAGUGCAGUUAGACAAGCUCACCCACCCACUCCACCCCUUCACACGCACCGGUACAGCAUAUA